UCUCAAUUUCUCAUCGACCCGACCACCCACCCCGACUCUCCUCCUCUCUCUCUUUCUCUCCCCUCCCCUUGUCGAGCUAGGGUUAGGGUUUGUCUGCGUUCCCGGGCCAAUUUAUCGAUCAAAUCGGACGACCUCCAGCCGGUUGCCUCAUCGACCCAUCGAUUCGUCCCUGGUUCGAUCGAAUUUCCACUACAUCUAGACAUCAUCGUCAAUCUCGAUUCUCCAUUUCUGAGAGGGGGAAAGACGAAAAGCUAGCAGGGGAUUCGGUGGGUUGAUCCCUUUGAUCCACCACCUGCUAAUACAAAUUCUCAAGAGGAGAGGAGCAGCAGCAGCAGCAGCAGCAGGAGGACCAUGGAUCCCAGCCAGAUGAUGUUCCCCAUGUGGGGGGCGCCGCCGCCGCCGCCUCCCGCCGCCAUGCCUCCGCCCUCCGAUGACCCCGCCGCCGCACCCAAGGCGCAGCCCUUCCUACCCCCGCCCAACCGCGGCUGGAAGCGCAAGAACCCCGCCGCCGCCUACCAGCCCCCGGCCCUCGGCGACCUCCAGGUGCAGAACCGGGCCAAGGCUCGCCGCUGGUUCAAGAACAGCAACAACAGCAACCCCAACACCGCCCGCAAGUACUUCUUCCCCAAGAACAAGAACAAGGCCGCCGCGCCGCGCAACACCACCUCCUUCAUCAUCCGGGCCAAGCGCGCCGGCGGCAUUGCCUCCCUCGUCUCUCCAUGCCCUGUCACGCCCGCCGUGCUCCCCACCCCGCGCCUCUCCCCCUCCCGCGAGGGACUCGCUGACAUGGCCCAGGCGCAGUGGGGUGUCGACGGCUACGGCUCCAUGAAGGGCCUCAUCCGCCUCCGCAGCUCCCCCCAGCGAGCCAACCCCAACGCUGCUGCAUCCGACGACGAUGAAGACGGCAACUCCAGCGGCAGUGACGUCGAGGAGCACGUCGAGAUGGAGCGCCGCCUCGACCAUGACCUCAGCCGCUUUGAGAUGGUCUACCCUGGGAGAGGGGAGGAUGCUGGGGGCUACGUGUUUGAGGACGACGAUGAGUAUGACCAGGAUGCCCAUGUAUCUCGCCUCGAGGAGGAGAACCUGACGCUGAAGGAGAGGCUCUUCUUGAUGGAGCAGGAGGUAGGUGACAUGAGGCGCCGCCUGGAGGCGCUUGAGGCGCGAUUUUCACAAUGUGAUGGCGUUGUGGGUGGUGAGAAUGCAGUGGAAGAAGCUCCUCCUGGGAAUGAUGCAGAGAGGGUCCAUGGGGUGUCAGAGAAUAAUAGCAGUGAGGGUGAUGCAGAGGGGGUUCAUCUGGGAUCUGAGAAGAGCGGAGGGCAAACUGCAGCGAUGCAGGCUGCUGUGGGUUCAGAGAAGACUGGUGAGCAUGUUGGUGUGGGUUCGGAAGAGACUGGCAAGCACGAUGUAGAGGAGCAGGUCGCUGUGCCUGUGGGUUCAGAGAAGGCUGGUAAAACCGAUGCUGAGGAGCAGGGUGCUUUGUGUGGUUCGGAGAAGACCAGCAAGCACGAUGCAGAGAAGCAGGGUGCUUUGGGUAGAGAGAAGACAGGCGAACAGGAGAUAGAGAUGACUGAUUUGGAGAAGACAGGUGAACACGAUAUAGAGAUGGUUGAUUCUGCGUUGGACAAGAAGAUGGGUGAGGACAAUGAUGAGAUUAGGCAGUGAGGACUCAUGGAACAUGGAGAAGAGAAGUCAGUACUGGUUGUCGGUGCUGUACAUACGCGUCAAUGACGGAUUGAAGGGAUGCAACGUGGACUGGACAUGUUUUGGAGACAGACAUGUUGCAUAUCAUGUAUACUGCCUGGUAUUGACAGUAUAAUAAGUUUGCUGUCCCAUUUUGAGUUUAUUUCUCUUGUUCCUUGUUAUGAUGAUCCCGUAGACUUUGUAGCGCGCUGCUUAGAGCUGCUGAAAGUGGUAGAUAUGGAGGGAAGAACUGAGAUGAUUGAUGAUUUUGUUCUGGUAACCAUUUUCGUCGUUGCUGUUGCUGUAUCCAAUGGCGGUGUCCUGUUCUGUCUGAUGUUGCGCUAUUUGAUGUGUUGGUUGUACCAGUUAUGCUGUCGCCGCGGCCUGUACCUGAUGAUUGUAAGUGCGGCACCAUCUAACCUCCUUAUAUUGUGGAUGUUGUUAUCUCUGAUAACAGAGAAUGGUGGCAAUGGUUUGCACAAUGUGAAUGCUGUUGCUGA